AUGGGCUCAUCGCCCGCUCGCUCGCUUUCACCCACGGCCGCACCCUCUCGAAGCGUGUUCAACGCACCAUCGCACAUACCCGCUCAGACGAGCAUCGUGUCUACUCGGUCCCUACCUACUCUCCAGCUCGAGCCAGCAGUAGCCGACCCACCAGCUGUUCAGUCUCAUUGCUCCCACAGUCGAGGUCGCCACGUGGCCGAGGCCAAUCGCCCUCGCAUCCUCGUUCACGCUCGCGCUCGCAGACUCGAACGGCUCACUCCCUUCUUCCUCGUCAUCCUCGUCGUCGUCCUUGCACUCGCGCUCUCGUUCAUGUUCGAGGAAGGUGUAUUCAUACAUCCGUUCCAAACCGAAGCGGUCGCGCAGCCGCAGUCGCACGCCCCGGCGCUCUCGAAGAGCGCGUUGACGCUGCAUUAUGGAUCUACCUACAUCGUAAUGCGGAAUUUUUGGCUCGAGUUCCCCACGGAACACCGUUUAGCAUCGCACUCGGCGCCUUCCCACACUCUACAUGAUGCCUCCCAUCCGCAGAUACAGUUCCGGCAAGGCACGCUGUCGACGAGGCCACCAUCAACACCGCUUGUCGCUCGUCAAGGUGAAUACUACCUCCCUCAUACCGAGCGCGUAUCUCGCUUGUUAUCGCGCCGUGCCUCUCGCUUUUUGGGAGGCUCGUACUACUCGACGUCAGCUCUCUGUCCAUUCUCAGGGUCCUGUGGUCGUAUCUCGCUCGUUCCCGCGUCGCGCCUCUCGCUUUUUGGGAGGAUUCUCCGGAAAUAUUUGCGUUUUUGUGCGAAGGCCCAGAAGGCCCAUCCUCGAGGUCUUGCCAUAGUUGCUCGCGCAGUUCUACGUCGCUCCUCUCGCUUUUCGGGUCGUUCAUCCCGCUCGCUGAACCCUUCCUGGGGACAUCUACUUUGUAAAAUUCCGCGCAACCGUUAUCGAGAUGAUCGGCUGAUCCAAUCAGCGUGUUUCCUCAUUCUCUCUGUUCGUCUACGAGUCCUUUACCAUCUCAUGGAGUUUCGUAUUGAUCGUCCAAGCCAUUGUUGUGCGAGUCGAUCCCUUCUCCCCACCCUCGAAGUCCUCUCAUCGUAUCUCGCGCAUCCGAGCGCUGCUCCUCUCGCUUUCCCUGCAGUCCAUUCCCCUCGCGUAGCCCUCUCUGGGGACGCCUCUUCUGUCAAAUUCCGCGCAGCUAUCGUCGAGAUAUGCCCAUUUUCGUGGUUAGAGACACUUUCGGACAACUCUUUGAGUAUCUCACCUCUUCAGAAUAGUACCUUUUCCGUGGUCGUCGCUGCGGAACUCGCGGCUAUGUUUGGUUUCUGGUGAAUGAGGGUACCCUUGGGCAGAUAUGUGGAUAUCUCAGGAUCGGGCGCACGGAUUUCCCUCCACUCAUUUUGCAAGGUGCUCACUGCAUUCCCUUCUGUUGUCAUGUCUCGUAUCGCGGCAUUCCGACCACCCGUUUUUCGUCGAUGAGUUGUUGUUUCGCCCCCUCCCUCAUGACCUUGGGUUCCUGUGUAGUCGAGCCACCUUUGGGUUGACUGGGGACAGUCAAGAUCUCGAGUGCCCCUGGGAUGUAGGGAAUGUAAUUUCCCUACCAGAGGAAUUGCCUUAUUUUGCUUGUUUUACUUCAUUUUCAUUCUAGAUACUUUUUUCGAUGAGUUGCACUUAGAUUUCGCAUUUUUGGUUGCUUAGUCAGCAGUAGUGCUACUUGUGUAUGGUUUUUUUCCUUUAAAGAAGAG